UUUUCCGGUUAAAAUGGCUGCACUUCACGGCGGAGAUGGUGGCAACGACCCUCCAAACUGGGGGUGGAAUCCCGAAUGGGGUUGUAGGCGUACGGGUGGUAUUAGCACAGGGAGAGCUGCUGCUGCUAACAACGAUCUGGAGCGCGAGUUUCAGAAUUCGGGACGCCGAAUCUCGCUUAUGUUAAAUAACGAUCUCAGUAGGUGGCAGGCAAUCGGGGACCACGCCAAGUGGUACAAGAGCUAUUUGGGGACCUAUGUCGCUACCGUCCCACAUAAUUACGAGUCGUGGGAUCAGGUGCCCCAGCCCAUCAAGGAUGGACUUACUGACUGGCUUAUGAGACGGUUCUACUUAGAACCCUAUCUAGGUCACCCAGAAAAUCACCCGUACGAGAGGCCGUGA